AAAUUCACGCACGCAAGCGAUCUGAAGACGCAGUGAGACGCAGGACGCAGUUGCGAGUAAUAGAUGGCAAUUGAGUGAGGGUACGAAUUUCAAUUAUGAAUACCGUUACUUGCAUUGCACCAGUCAAUAUCGCAGUCAUUAAAUAUUGGGGAAAGAGAGAUGAAUCUUUAAUUUUACCAACCAAUGAUUCUAUAAGUGCUACUUUAGACAUAGAUCAGCUGCAUGCAAAAACUAGUGUCAUGAUCAGCCUUGACUUCAAGGAAGAUCAUAUUUGGUUGAAUGGGAGGGAACAAGAUAUAAAAAAUCCAAGACUUCAAAAUUGUUUGAAAGAGAUUAAGAAACGUUCACAAUUACCUGGUUAUAUGAAUGAUUGGAAGAUUCACAUUUGUUCAAAGAAUAAUUUUCCAACUGCUGCUGGUCUAGCUUCCAGUGCAGCAGGAUAUGCAUGUCUCGCAACAGCACUAGCCAAGCUUUAUAAAGUAGAGGGAGACAUUAGUGUUAUAGCACGUUCUGGUUCUGGUUCAGCUUGUCGUAGUAUUUUUGGUGGUUUUGUAAGAUGGCACAUGGGUGUAGACAAGAAUGGAGCAGACAGCAUAGCAAAACAGAUUGUACCUGCUUCUCAUUGGCCGGAAAUGAGGAUUUUAAUUCUAGUUGUCACCGACGAACAAAAGAAGAUUCCAAGUGCAAUAGGUAUGAAACGAAGCAUGGAAACGUCUCAAUUUCUACAAUAUAGGAUAUCACAUACAGUUCCGGAAAGAACUAAUAAAAUGCAGCAAGCAAUCAUCGAGAAGGAUUUCAAAACUUUUGCUGAACUCACUAUGAAAGAUUCGAACCAAAUGCAUGCUGUGUGCCUUGAUACAUAUCCUCCAUGUGUUUAUAUGAACAAUAUCUCUAACAGUAUCAUGAAUCUUAUACAUUCCUAUAAUGAUGCAGUUAAUGAUGUGAAGGUUGCUUACACUUUUGAUGCUGGGACGAAUGCUACAUUAUAUUUAUUAGAGAAAGAUGUUCCAACAGUGAUGGGUGUUUUGAAUUAUUUCUUUCCUCCUGUUGCAAAUGUCGCGAUUGAAUACAAAAGAGGAUUACCUGUCGAAGAAAUCAAACCUGCAAAAGAUUUAUUGGAGAAAUUAAAGUUUGAAAAACAACCACCGGGACAAUUAAAGUACAUAAUAUAUACUAAAGUGGGAGAUGGACCUAAAUAUCUGGAUAAUCCACAGGAUCACUUAUUAGAUGGUCAGGGUAAUCCUAUUAAUUUUUCUUGAUAUAUUUGACAUAUAUUUUUAUUAUCUAC